AUGGGAAUUGGGUUCCUGUUGAGCAACAAUCCCGCAAUCUGUAAAGACUAUGUAGGUAUGCUUGUUGAACACUUCAAUAGUCACGUACGAUAUGGAGCUGCAAUGGCCCUGGGUAUUGCCUGUGCUGGGACGGGAUACAAGGAAGCAAUAUCCUUGCUAGAGCCCCUGCUUUCUGCAAAGGAAAACUACGUUCGACAAGGAGCUGUUAUUGCACUUUCAUUUAUCUACGUGCAACAGACCGACGUCGGUUGCCCAAAGGUUGGUGAGUUCCGCAAACAGUUGACUAAAAUGACAACGGAGAAGGGUGAAGAUUCUAUGGCUAAAUUUGGAGCGAUCAUAGCGCAGGGCAUUCUCGAUGUCGGCGGACGCAAUAUGACGAUUGCACUCCAUAAUCGUUCGGGUACCAUUGACAUGGGUGGUGUGGUUGGUAUGAUGGCGUUCCAGCAGUUCUGGUAUUGGCAUUCAAUGGUUCCCUUCAUUUCUCUGGCUUGUAAACCAACGUGCCUAAUUGCACUUACAAAAGAUCUACAGAUGCCUAAGAUCGAGUUUAAAUGUAAUGCUAGAGCUUCGCUGUUUGCGUAUCCUCCACCACUAGAAUCCAAAAAGAAAGAAGAGCAUGAGAAGGUCGAAACGGCAGUUCUUUCCAUCACCCAUAAGAAAAAGCCAGCGAAGAAAGGUGAAGAGAAGAUGGAAGUGGACGAGGAGCCGAAACCAGCGAAGGAGGAAGAAAAAAAAGUUGUGCCCGAUAACGAACCGCCUACGCACACUAUUGAAAAUCCUGCACGGGUGGUGCGACUUCAGUUGAAAACUCUGUCUAUGAUGGAGAACUCAAGGUAUAAACCUGUGAAGUCGGUCACGUAUGGUGGUAUCAUCAUGUUACUCGAUAGGACCCCGGAUCAGAAGGCAGAGUUGGUUGUCCAGGCUGUGGCGGGCGGUACAACUUUGGAUCCCUGCUGCUCCCGAGAAACAACCACACUCGACUUUCGAGAUAGAUCUCAAGGACUAUUGAAGCAAGAUGGUCGUUGU